UCUUCUUGAUCAAAUUUCUCCAAAAAAAGAAUAAUUAUGGCUGAUGCUAUUAUUUCAGGCCUUGUGAAAGAUUUGCUGGGGAGACUGACAUCUGCAGCUAUCCAAGAGUACCGUCUGCUUCGGGGACUCAAAAAUGAUCUUUUAAAACUGAGUGAUGAUCUCAAUCAGAUCCAAGCUGUUCUCCAAGAUGCCGAAAAGAAGCGUAGGAGCCAAGAGGCUGUAGAAUUAUGGGUCAAGAGUCUAAGAUCCGCGUCGUUAAAGAUAGAGAAUGUGUUGGAUGAGGUCUCAACGGAAGCCAUGUUGCGACAGCUACACAAGGAACUAGGCAUGAAACACAGGCUAAGAGCCUUCUUCUCCUCCCAUCAUAAUCCGCUUAUGUUCCGUACUAGGAUUGCUCACAAAGUUAAAGACAUUCAGAGAAAGUUAGCUGACAUUUCAGCUAAAAGAUUCGACUUAAAUUUGUCUCCUGAAGAUGGAGGAAUAGGUGGUGGAAUUCCCAAGAGGGAAACCGGCUCACGUACAAAAGUUUCAACUGUUUUAGGAAGAAAUGAAGAUAUGGAGACGGUAAUUGAAAAGAUAUGUAACAGUGACAUAGGCAAGAAUGAAGAUAAUGACAUUCGGGUGUAUGCACUAUGGGGUAUGGGUGGUUUGGGAAAGACAACUCUAGCCAAAUUAGUGUAUAACGAUGAACGGGUGAAGGGGCAUUUUGAUUUCAAAUUUUGGAUCUAUGUCUCUGAAAACUUCCAAGUUAAGGAGUAUAAGAGGAACAUAGAAUCCAUAGAUAAAAGCGAGUGUAGGCUUUCACGGCUAGAUGAGUUGCAAAAAUGCGUUCAAGAGAAGUUACGGGGAAAGAGAUUUCUAGUUGUGUUGGAUGAUGUUUGGAUCGAGGACAGUGAAAAAGACAAGUGGGAAGACUUAAGUAACACACUAAGUUGUGGGGCACAAGGCAGCUUUGUUAUGGUGACAACACGUUCCAAGACUACUAGUAAGAUGAUGGCUAAGUUUCCAGAGUUACAGCAUGAAUUGGGAUGUUUAUCGAAAGAGGACUCGUGGUCAUUGUUCAAGAAGUUCGCAUUUGCUGAAGGCAGAGAGGGUGGAGAAAUAACAGAGUUAGAGCCUCUUGGAAAGAAGAUAGCCGAGAAAUGUAAGGGGUUGCCUUUGGCAGUGAAGACUUUGGGUAGCAUGAUGUGGUCGAAAAGCAAUAGGCAGGAAUGGCAACAUGUGAUGGAUAGCGACAUAUGGGAUUUGCAAGAAAACAAUAUCUUGCCAGCAUUGAAGUUAAGCUAUGAUAAUUUGCUUCCACAUGUAAAGCGGUGUUUUGCUUAUUGUUGUAUGUUUCCUAAAGGCCAUGAAAUGGAAAAAGAUGUAUUGCUUUUAUUGUGGAAGGCAAAUAGAUUAAUUCCAUCAAGAGGAGAUGUAGACUGGUAUUUGCUUGGAGAAGAAAUUUUCAACUGUUUGGUAUGGAGGUCUUUCUUCCAGGUUGUUGACAACGAAUAUAAAAUGCAUGAUUUGAUGCAUGACCUGGCGAGGUAUGUGAUGGGGCAUGAUUGUUCAAUUAUGGAGCCUGGUAAGGAGUCGAUAGCCCCAGAUGAGUUGCUUCACUUAAGUUCAUCUUGUCCGGAUUUUCCUUAUUUACAGCCUGAUUUGGAAAACUUAGAAUCGUUAAGGUCAGUAUUCUUCUUUUCAAGGGAAUUUAUGCCAAUGUUUGGAAAUAUAUUUGACCAUCUGUAUCUACGGGUGUUGUACUUGGCUGAAAUCAAUAUAUUAACAUUGCCCGAAUCAAUUGGCAAACUCAAACAUUUGAGAUACUUGAAUUUAUCAAAGGCAUGUAUACAAGUUCUACCAGAGUCGAUAAUUUAUCUCCAAAACUUGCAAAUGUUACUUCUGAAUGGGUGUUGGGAGUUAUAUAAGUUGCCUGAUGGUAUGAGAUACAUGAGGAAUCUUCAAUACCUGGACAUCUCUCGUUGUCCUUCGCUUAGGUAUGUGCCUGUUGGAAUCGGAAAACUAACUAGUCUCCGAAGACUUUCAAGUUUUCCUAUCGGUGAAAAUAAGGGGGCCCAAAUAAGGGAAUUGGGGAAACUAAAUCUUAUUGGUCCGAAUUUGAUAUUAGAUGGUCUUAAGAAUGUUGGAGGUUUAAAGGAAGCCCAAUGUGCCAAUCUUAGAAGCAAAACACAUUUGUUAGCAUUGUGCUUGAGCUGGUCACUAGGUCGUGGGGCACAUGAUGAAGAGCCGUCAGCACAAGAUAUAGAGGUUCUUGAAGGAUUGGAACCAAAUCCGAGUCUCGAGGAUCUCACAAUAUUCAAGUACAUGGGAAAAAAUAUUUCUCCAAGUUGGAUGGUCAAAUUAAGAAAUUUGGUUGAAAUUCAAUUUUCUGGAUGUUUAAAGUGUGAACAUAUACCACCACUUGGAAAAUUUCCUAGCCUUAGAGUUAUUAAGAUUGAAAACAUGCAUGAGUUGAAGUAUUUCCAUGAUGACGACAUGUCAGGGGACAACUUUCUAUUUUCACAGUUACAAGUGUUAAAUAUAUUUCAUUGUUACCAAUUGAGAAAUUUGCCAGGCAACCUUCCAAAACUCAAGGAACUAGAGUGUUGUGAGAAUUUGGUUUCUUUACCUGAUGAGAUGCAAAGUUUCAAGGAUCUCAAUACACUUGAGAUCGUAGCAUGUGAAAAUCUAAGUAGAAGAUGUGUGAAAGGUAUCGGUGAGGAUUGGCCUAAAAUUUCACACAUUCCAAAUGUCGACAUUCGUUGCCCCUUUGCAAGGUACGACUGAGAAGAUGAAUCAACUGUAGCUUGAAAAGUGUCAUUAUGUAUGGCUUAGGACACUACAUAUAUACUUACGCAAUAACUUUAGUUUUGGUUGGUUUGAGUUUAGUGGAAUGAAUUUUGUGGGUGCAUUCACUGUAAAUUCUCAGGACAACACUCGUCCACUAGGGAUCACCUAGGGGGUCGAUCAACGGCUUGUUGCACGUGCCAAGUGCAAUCACGAUUCCUGCGUGAGUUAGGAUCAAGUGAAGAUUGCUUUUUAGUUUCAAAGAAUGUUCAUUUCUUCGAGCUGUAUUUUUUUUUUUGAACAGCUUCAAGCUGUAUUUCUUCUAGUUGUAUUGAUAGUGUACUUGUGUUCAUAGUUCCUUCGUGAAGCUUCCCCAUUUAAUAAUAUUUGUGUGAUUGAUUGUAUGUUCCUCGAAAUACCAAGGGAGUCCAUAUUCUAUUUUAUAUCAAUUCUAUGCAUCAUGAUUUGUUUCUUGCUAAA